AUGAGAAAGCUUAUUUUUGGCUCUGCUGUCCUAGCUUUGCUAUCAAAUGAUUCAUUUGCUCUUUAACUUAAAGAUAGAAGAAGACGUCAGGUAUAAAAUCAAUUGUAAAUAUUUAAUCCAUAAUCCAUAAUUAGAUCUACUUAAGAUUUAAAUGAAUCAGGACUUACCGCGAAUUAAGAUUCAGGGAAUUCUCUUGCUCCUAUUGAAAAUGGAUCUUCAAUUACAAGUGUAACCUCAGGGAGCAAUUCUACAACUAUAGUGAAUGAGCCUUAUAGUACCCCCGUUACAACUGAGGGUGAUGAAUCUGAAGAUGAUGAAACAGAAGAUGCUUUCAUCAGUCAUUCUUCAAUUUAAGAACCAGAAACUUCUCCAGCUAACAACUUGCCUAAUUAAUAAGUAGUUUCUAAUCAAGAUAAUGAAGAUUAAGGCAAUACUAAUGCUAAUUCGAAUGAGAAUGGGUCUUAAUCAGAAGAAGAGAAAGAAACAGAAACAGAAUCUGAAUCUGAAUCUGAAUAAGAGUAGGAAUCCGAUCCAGGAAAUGGUGUAGUUAUUAAUGAUGAAGAAGUCAAAGAAUUAGAGUAAUAAGAAUAACAAAACGGGGUCCAAGAAGGAACAGAUGACUUUGUUGACAAUUAAGUAGCUGUUGAUGAGGAUAAUAAAGACUCUGAUGAUGACAGCGAUGAUGAGACAGAAUCAACAAAUUCUGAAGAAAACAAAGAUGAGGAUGAGAAAAAUUCUGACUCUGACAACGAAUCCGAAAACUCUGAUGAAGAGGAAGGAAAAUCAGAAAAUGAUGAAAAUGAUUAUGAAGAUGGCUCAUAAAGUGAGGAAGAAGAAUCUACUGGAUUCUUUCAAUCAAUUUCAAAAGCAUUGAAAAACGUGUUUCAUUCAGAGGAAAAAGACAAGAUAGAUGGUGGAAUAACCACUGUUGAUGUUUACCAUGUUGAAACUAAUAAUACAACUGAACCUGCUCUUCAAAUUGAAAGAGUUCAUCACGAAACAAAUUCAACUAAUGGUGAAAAUUCAGAGUACUCUAUCUCUCUAUUCACAGGAGACCAAGUUUAGCUUCAAAACAUUAGAGAUUUCAUAAAAUUAGACAACUCCUUGGCUAAUGAUACUGGAGAUGCUGAAAAUGAUUUUCUCAGAUAUCCUAUCGCUAGACAAAUAAAUGCAGAUGAUUUUGAUGAUGAAGAUCAAGAAUCAGAGCUUGAGAAUUAGGAACCAUCUGGAGAAGAUGAGAAGGAAUCAGCUGAAGAUGAAGACGAAGAAGGAAAAUAGUCACCUGAGGAUGAAGAGGGAACAUAGUCAGCUGAAAAUGAAGAGGAAAAAUAGUCAACUGAAAAUGAAGAGGAAAAAUAGUCUGCUGGGGAUGAAGUAGGAACAUAGUCACCUGAGGAUGAAGAGGGAAAAGAUUCAGCUGAGGAAGAAGAAGGAACAUAGUCACCUGAGGAUGAAGAGGGAAAAAAUUCAGCUGAAGAUGAAGAAGGAACAUAGUCACCUGUGAAUGAAGAGGGAAAAUAAUCAGCUGAAGGUGAAGAGGGAAAAGAUUCAGCUGAGGUCGAGGAAGGAACAUAAACACCUGAGGAUGAAGAGGGAAAAAAUUCAGCUGAAGAUGAAGAGGGAAAAAAUUCAGCUGAAGAUGAAGAGGCAAAAUAGUCAGCUGAAGAUGAAGAUGAAGAGGCAACAUAGUCAGGUUAAGAUGAAGAGGCAAAGUAGUCAGCUGUAGAUGAAGAGGCAAAGUAGACAACUGGCGAUGAAAUACAAAAUGAGCCUACUGUAGAAGAGGAAAAAAAUCUACUUGGAGAAGAAGAGAAGGAGACAUCAGGUUAAGUAUAGUCAUAAGAAGAAAAUAAGUAGGUAGAUUAAUCCCCUACAAACAUAAACACUCAAAAUAAUUAAGGAAAUUCUACUUCACCAACUACUAGUGGUGAUGCUAAUAAUGGAGGCUCAGUUUAAUCAACUGAAAGUAGUACUGUUAUUUAAAGCCAAGACUCUCUUUCAGCUGCUAAUAAUCAGACAUUAGGGGAUAUUAAUAAUGAGGCUAUUACUAUGGUUCAAACUAGCGUAUAGGAUAUUGCUACUGCUAGCGUUUAAACCGAAAGUUCCUCUGUCAAUGAAAUUGAUCCAAGAGAUUACUGCAGAUCUCAAUUAAGCAGGUUCAUUGCCCUACAUAGAAAUCUUGAUGAAAAUACCUAGAAACUUGUGGAUGAAAUUCAAGGAAUUCUUGAUUCAGAUUUAACACUAUAAGAUUUAAAUAAAUCUGAGUACAGAACUUACAUUGAGAAAUGCAUUGGACUUAACAGACAAUGA